CUUUGCUGACGGGAAAAAAGCUGAACCCUGUUUUGGUCACACACCUUGCAUCUUUAAAAAUAGCCAGAUUUGACGGGAAAAAAGCGGAAUCGGCAGCACUGGUUUUGCUAACACGUGCGGUGGUUUGUUUAUUUCUGUUUUUGGAAAAAUGGAAACUUUUAACAAUGUGCCCGGAUUUUGCCCGUCCUGUGGCUCCAUAUUGCCACCGCUGCAGGUGAAGGGCAACGUCAUCUGCCACAACUGCAACCAAGAGUUCCUGCCGGACGUUUAUAGCGGAGAGAAGACGGAGUACAGCAUACAGUUCAACACCUACGAUCCCAGCAAGGUCUUCAACAGGACGAAGCGCGAGUCCGAGUCGGAGGAGGCUGAUGGGCCCGUUGUGGAGCGUAAAUGCCCGAAGUGCGGACACGAGAAGAUGUCAUAUGCCACCCUGCAGCUGCGAUCGGCGGACGAGGGUCAGACCGUGUUCUUCACCUGUCUGAAGUGCAAAUACAAAGAAUCGGAGAAUUCUUAGAUGCUAACUAGUGGAAAUAAUUAUGUUCGACAGCCUGAAAAUAUAAGAAUGCGCGUUUGUUAAGUGUUAAACACA